UGACUUCCGCCGCUGGGGUCAGGCUCCGCCCAGCUGGCCCGGCUUCUCUUUGGGCGCCCGAGUCAAGAUGGAGGAGUACGCGCGAGAGCCCUGCCCCUGGCGGAUUGUGGAUGACUGCGGUGGGGCCUUUACCAUGGGUACGAUAGGCGGUGGCAUCUUUCAAGCAAUCAAAGGUUUUCGGAAUUCCCCAGUGGGAGUAAACCACAGACUAUGGGGGAGUUUGACAGCUAUCAAAACCAGGGCUCCACAGUUGGGAGGAAGCUUUGCAGUUUGGGGGGGCUUGUUUUCCAUGAUUGACUGCAGUAUGGUUCAAGUCAGAGGGAAAGAAGACCCCUGGAACUCCAUCACAAGUGGUGCCUUAACCGGAGCCAUCCUGGCAGCAAGAAAUGGACCAGUGGCCAUGGUCGGGUCGGCUGCAAUGGGCGGCAUUCUCCUCGCUUUAAUUGAAGGAGCUGGUAUCUUAUUGACAAGAUUUGCCUCAACACAAUUCCCCAAUGGUCCUCAGUUCGCUGAAGACCCCUCCCAGUUGCCUUCAACUCAGUUGCCACCAUCACCUUUUGGAGACUAUCGACAAUAUCAAUAGGAUUUCUUUCCCAGGAUUUCUUAAACAGAAUGUGCUAUAGUUGAAGAAGGGAUUGCAGAUCAAGUUAGUCUUGUUUUUACAACCAUAGGAGUGACAACUAUGGCCAAAUGGGCUAUGAAGAGACAUUUAGCACUUUUUUUCUAUUUAAAGAAACUCGAGGGGAGGGGCUGUUAAAAGAUAAUACAUUUAUUUAUUCACACUUGAACUGCAUUUGUGAUCCAAAUAAAUGUCUGAUAUCUGUAAAAGAGAAUGUGAUAAGUGCUUAGAAGAUGACGGGACCAAAGGGCAAGCAGCAGUGAAAUAUAAUCACCAUUUCCUUGGGGACUUCUGUGCCUGGUUUUGUGUGUCCUGUUAAUCAGUAAAAUAAAAAAAUACUCCUGGAACUUGCCUUUGCUUUUCAGAUAA